AGGAAUAUUUUAAUUCUGAAUUUAUCUCAUCGAAUAUAGUAAUUGUAAGUAGUAAUGUUAUUGCAAAUAGUAGUGCAUUUUUGUCAUGAGUGGGAGAUUGGGCAACCACUCCCCACGCUUACGACUUAAAAUAAAGUUAUCUUACCUAACCUUACCUAACAUAUGACUUUGACCAUUUCCAGUAUUGAUAUAUGGCAUAGUUAUGAUAUAUUCAUGACAGCUUGAAUGCAAUGCUUUAAAGGAAUUAAUUACUCUUUUUCGGUUUUUCGAAGAGAGCGAACAGCUGAUUAAAAAAAAACAAGUACUUAAAAUGGUCUGGCUCCAAUUUAACAAAAUCUUCAAACUUAAAUGCCUCCUCAGGUGAUCUGGAAUGAGAGAAAAUUCACACAAAUACUUUGUCUAUUUCCCAGAAUUGUACCUAACGAUUUAAUGUUUUGCAUAUAUAUUAGAUUUUUAUUCUGUUUAUAAAAAAGUGAAACAAAACCAUUGUCAAGCCAUUAGUAAAGUGCUUCGGUUGAUUUUAGUUUAUAUUUAGCUAGAAUGAAAGUUGUGAAGUUGCAUUUUCAGCCUACAGAAUUAUCACUUGGUGUAUAGUCUGACUGGAUUCGCAAAAACAUAGACAUAGAAUUUUACUUGUCACUGAUAACCUUGAUACAAUUCUGUCCUAGAGCUAGCUUUCCAUGAGGCUUAUCAUAGUUCAAAUAACAGCAAAUAACUCUCCUGUAUGCCUUUUGAGGCCUGGAAGACUAAAUUCACCAUCUUUUCGUUGAAUCGUGAAUUGUACAAUUUAACUAAGAGUGCUUUCAACAUGAAAUUGGAGUCUAAAUCAACACGAAUGUACAGAUAUCAAAACCGUGGCGGAGAGCUAAUCUAUCGCUUUCUAAAGGCCUGCAUGGUCCUAAAUGAACUGAACAAGAGCUUCCUACAUCGAGAAUCAAUUGAACCUCAAACAAACUAGGCCACAGUUAGCAGUAAGCAAACACUCAACAUGUUGUCAUUACGUCAAUUAUCGCCCGGAAGCCAUGCAAAUAAAUUUCUUCCACACUAGCGAAUCACAGACAGUUCUGAUAGUUAACUAAGGGCCAAGUCGCACUAGAGGACAAAACUGUUUACUUAUGUCAAAAAUCCGUCAUCACAAUGAAAAACCAAGUGCAACCAGUUUGUUCCUCAAAGGACAAAAUUUGGUCGCGGACAGACAAACUUCAAAGAUGCCGUCGACUACCUCUCAAGCAGGCCAAAUUGAGACAAAUCUUGGAAAACAAUAGUGAGGGUGUUUUGAUUUGGAAAUGAUUUGACAGGUGAUAUGUAGCAGAGGUUCUAUGUGAUAGACUUCACGGUAAAAUUAAUCACAUUCUCAUUUUGCAAGAACAUGAAUCCCAGUGCGGGCAACCAAUUUUUCCUGUGCGAAUUUCCACAAUAUCCACCAGGAUGGAUCUAUCCUUUGCCAGGCCCUUACAUGUUUAAUGAUCGAGGAAAUCCCAGCCCAUCUCCUUCAAUCACGAGCACUGACUUGUUGCCAGAAUCCCUUCAGUUCAGCGAAGACAGCUCAAUAUGCCGUCAUCAACCCCAACUUCUUCGUGCCAUACAUCUUUGUUAGUCGAGACCAAGAAGGUUCAGGAUAGAUGGGGUAAAGAGGAGGAAAAUCUAUUAGUUCAACUGUGGGCUGAAAAGCACGAUCAGUUAGAAAGUCGAGAGUCAAGAAAAACAUGGGCUUGGAUUGCCGAGAAGAUUUCGAAAACGCUCGGAACUAACAAGAUAGCCGACAAAUGCAUUCGGAAAAUGAUGUAUAUCAUAGAACGAUACAAGCAUGCAAAAGAUUGGAACAAAAACCAAACAGGAGGAAGCCUCAGGAAAUCCGUCUACUACGAUGAGGUCGAUAAAAUCCUUGGAUGCCGCGACGUAGUAACCUUCAAUCAUGUAGCUGAAGCGGGAAUCAGCGGCGAAAGUGCCACCGAAGUUGUUACGGAAUCUGGUGAUAAUAAUGGCGAGAUUAAUACUUCAUUCAGCCCCAGUGUGCCAGAAAUUCCAGCUGAAAAGAGACGAGCGUCGAAGAAAGGGAAGCGAGCAUCGAAACGCAAAGCACCUGAUAAUGAGCUCUGAAAAUGGCUCUAAAGGAUGUGAGACAGCAAGGGGAGAAAGUAGCGACCUUUUUGGAUUCGUUGCAACAAACGCAAACGCAGCAGCUCACCAUAAUGAGCCAGUUUAUGGGAUCAAUUGUGAAAAUCCUUGACAACCAACAGAAUGAGAAAGAGAAAUGAACUUCAAUUCAAGACUAUUUUUGACUAUUGAGAGACAACCAUUUUCAUGU